AAUAGAGUAACUUCAUCACCAGUAAGCAGUGGUCUGCCAACGGGGAAGCAAAACAACGCUUGUUUGCAGUGCGUGCUAUUUGCAUUAGCUACAGAUAGGGUUGCAUGUGAAAUUUAAACAAGGAUCUUACUUGCCUGUUCGAGAUUGACCAAUAUUUUGACUAUUAUAUUGAUUCUAAAGAAAAAUAUUUCAGUGCAGCUCUUUAGCCAACAUUUGGGAUUUGAAAUGGAUGUUCUACCCAUGUGCAGCAUCUUUCAGGAACUUCAGAUUGUACAUGACACGGGCUACUUUUCAGCUUUACCAUCCUUGGAGGAUUACUGGCAGCAGACUUGCUUGGAGUUGGAGCGGUAUCUACAGAGCGAGCCUUAUGUCUCUGUGACAUCUGACAUCAAGUUGGAGCCGCAGGAGCAGGACCUCUGGAGCAAGCUGAUCUUGGCCUGCGGUGAUAAAGCGAUCGACUCUGACCCAAAGAUCCCUCUGGUCAAAGAAGAGGACAAUCAGGAUGGCCAGAUCUUGGAAACCAACAGUGUAAACUCUGACGCCAGCAGUGAAGCUUCAGACAGUUCCGUGGAGCUCUCGCCGACACACAGCUUUACCUUGAACCCUCUGGGGUCGGUUCUGGCCGUUUCUGGACCUUUUAGCCCUUCUAUCAUUAGCACUCCCCCAUCCUCCCCAGAGGUCAGCUCGGAACCCAGCAUCUCACAAGGCUGGGGAAGCGUAAACACAGAAUUGACCUUGCCGGUAAAAGUCCGGACAGGCGGCAUCGGAAAGAACUCGGCAAAGACUGGGCUGGUUGGUGGAGACGUGUCACCGGAUGGGAGGAGACGGGUGCACAGGUGUCACUUCAACGGAUGCCGCAAGGUUUACACAAAGAGUUCCCACUUAAAAGCACACCAACGCACUCAUACAGGUGAGAAACCAUACAGGUGUUCAUGGGAGGGCUGCGAGUGGCGAUUUGCACGGAGUGAUGAGCUAACCAGACACUUCAGGAAGCACACUGGGGCCAAGCCAUUUAAAUGCAGUCACUGUGACCGGUGUUUCUCCAGGUCCGAUCACCUUGCCCUCCACAUGAAAAGACACCUCUGAGCAGGUCGGAGCGGAGCGAUGUUAGCCGUUUAGUGAAACUAACAAACGCAGCGAAAGGAAAUGUCGUCUCCUAACCAGCCUCAUGGUUGAACUGCCCUUGAGAGGAGCGAGCUAGGGGAGCGUGUUCUAGCCAAAGUAUGCCAUUUUGCACCAUACCCAGUGCCUCCGGGAUGGAUGGACCCCUUGGAGAAGGAAGGCGCUCUGAAGGUUGCCUGUCCAAAAACCACAACAACAGAGGACAAAAUCAUGUACAGACAGAAGGAAGCAGCCAAUUGAAUUGAGGGACUUG